UCACUACAUAGAGAAGACCAUCCCCGUGUGCCGCAGCCAACACGGGGGGGCCGGAGUCAUGCACCAGUGAAAAAGCGGAGCACAGUCGCGUUUUUACGAGGACUGAAGAUGCAUUGACAAAAGUAUCUUUAUUUAGCAGUAGCAUCUGGCUAAGGAAACGGCUAUGAGCUGAUCUCUCCUCUUCAUGCAGAUGCUUCUUAUUUCCUAGUAACGAUUUAACAGCCCAAGCUGUGUUAGCACUGGUAGUUUCCAGAUGGAUCUAUACUAUACAAGAAAGGACUAUGGUACACACACUGAAGAGGGUUUUUCUUACACCACCGUGUUUGCAAUGGGCUCUAGACACAAAUGCAUUUUCUCCAGGCACAGGGUCAAGAAGGGCAAUCGAGCAACAUUCCAGAAGUAACAGGGGGCCUAGCUGUGGAGGGACGUGUAAUCAGAUCAGCUUGUGCUGUGCCUGAAGAUGAACCCUCCUAGACCUCCCAUGUACUCGAAUGGGUUGUGGCAAAGAUGUGUGUUGCCAUGGUGAUUAUUCACACUAAAACACUGGAAAAGAAGGGUGUUGAUGAUGUAACCUCCAAAGAGUCAACCUUGGAGCUGCAUAAACCAUCAGCCAUGAGCCAGGGAACAGCUCUCUUCUCCUGUGGAAUCAUGGAGACGAGCCGUUGGUCGGACGUAGGCCGUGGCUGUGUGGUCCGCCCGCGGCCAGUUGGCACCAGCUUGGAGAGCCUGUGGGACGCGCUGCCCGGGGCGGGAGCAGCGGGCACCCUCAGCGGCCUGCUGCGGGACCUGAGCCUGAGCGAGACGCCCUCUGCAGGUGGUGCAGCACCACCCAGCAAACGGCAAUGCCGCUCGCUCUCCUGCUCGGAAGAGCUGGCCGGCUGCCGAUCUCCAUGGCGACCACAGGGCUCGCGGGUGUGGACAACUGUGGAGAAGAGGCGGUGUCACAGUGGGGGCAGUGUGCAGCGUGGGGGAGCCUCCAUCUUGUCAACAUCUACCCUUGCACAGGGCAGUUUCUGCGGCAUGCAGCGGAGCUCCAGCUUUAGCUUCCCCACCCGCGCUGACCUGAUGGAGCUGCCAGCGUUUGCCCAGCACCAACCCUUCACCUCCUUCACUGCUGUGGUGUCCAGCUCGAGCUCCGACCCGCCCUGCCCUCUCUCCCUCUCACAGGAACAGAUCAGUGCCCCUGAUCCUGGUGGACGGUCCGAGACCAGUUCCCCUGACUCCACUCCAGAGCUGGACCGCAGGUCGGCAGGGCAGGGAGGCCUGGCUCGCAGCCGCUCCCAACCCUGUGUCCUCAACGACAAGAAGAUUGGCAUGAAGCGCCGCAGGCCUGCUGACACCCACAAACAGAGGCCCUCUCUCGACCUGGCCAAGAUGACCCAGAAUCAAAAUUUCCAGAGUCUCAGCUGCCCUGGUUUUACUGGUGACAACUGCUGCCAGUCAGGCCAUACCCCGCCCUCUUUCAUAAGCCCCACCCACCAGAGCGGGAUCCUCUCUUCUGCAAGUAUCUACGUGGCAGAGCCUCAGCUCAGCCCCAAAGAGGACUCUUCUAUCAUUGACGAUUUGGAUGGUGACUUUCCCGGAGACUGGACGGCAGGGACGACCAAUGGGAAGGACCGGGAGCUUCCGUGGGCAGGACUGUACGGGUUGAAGAGGGAUGUGCUUGGUGGGGAACUUGAUAUAGAGCAAAUUGAGAGAAAUUGAGAGAUGGUUGGAAGGGAAUGUUGAACAGAAUGGAUAGGACUAUAACUGGUUCCAAGACUCUUGAAGAUAACUUCUCUCCUAGCAUCCUCCUUAUAAUAGUGCUGGUCUCCUGGCAGCCCCAAUGGUAAGUGUGUUCUAUGUGGAGGUGCCACCAUCUUGCUUAUUUUCUCCCCAUCUUAUGCUUCUGGUGAUUCGUGCUGAUGGGGUGGGGGAGGAGUGGGGAAGUAUUUUUUCAGAGAUUUGUCACCGGACUCAGGAGAAAUAAAUGCUCGUGCAAGUGGACUUGUUGGGACACUAGAACGUCUCUGUCUUGUUGGGACAUUAGAACGUUGAAGCUUGAAGCAGAGGGAAUUCUGGGAGUUCUCUGAGAGAGUGUGAUUGGUGUGCUGAGGCACUGCUGCAUGCUCGGAUUGGAUGAAGGCGAGUUGAUGAUGGAGAUUUUGUAGCCUUUUCUUUUACAGAGGAACCAGAGUGUGGAAAGUGCACCGUGCGUUCUUGAACCGUCCUGCAUAGCCUUACUGCGUGUGCUGGAUGAGGAGUGAGUGGGACUUCUGUUGGCAUGUAUGCACCGCUCAUCCGAUAAAGCACAUCGCAGUACAGCAACGAGGAAGGAAAGGAAAAGAGAAAAGCUUUGAGAAACUCAUGCUGUGGCUGUGGACUUACUGUUGAUCUCGCACUGUCAUAAAGUACACACAUGAACACACACAUACCCACAAGCUCACAUACACACUUGUCAAAAGUGAAAAGCUUAAUAGGGCUUCAGGUUUUAGCAUUGAAUGAGAUAUUCAGUUUCCCCUCUUCCCUUUUUUAAGCUAAUAGAAUGUAAUUUCUCUUUUUAUGAUGUGUAACUACAAAAGCAUUCUGAAAUGUACUUAUUUCUAUAUAAAUAAACAGCGUUUAAAAUGUGUUUGUAAAAUGGCUACUGACUCAAAUGUAUAGCACCACGUUUUGACUAGGGAAUUGAAUUAAAGCUAUCAAUGGGGUUUUCCACCA